UGAAGCAAAGAUGUGCACUCAUCUAGUGACUGAUAAGAUUUAUCGAAAUGUGAAAUUCAUCCAAGCUAUCAUUCUUGGGGUUCAUAUUGUCGAUCAAAAGUGGGCUGAAGCAUGUGUCAAAGCUGGAGAAUUGAUAGAGCCGGAUGAUUAUUUGCUGAAUGACAGGCACGGCGAAACGAUCCACGGGUUUACUUUACAAGAAUCACUGUCCAGAGCGAGGGAAGCCAAGCUCUUGAGCGGUGAGACAUUUUAUGUGUCACCUUCUGUAAAGCCCGAUUUUGAAACCAUCAAGGAACUAAUUGAACUUGCAGAUGGAAAGGUGAUUACAACAACACCAUUAGUCCGAAAUAUCAGGGAAAAUCCAGGAGGGCGUGUGAUCUCAUGUGAAGAAGAUUAUGUAUUUUGGAAAGCUUUAAUGAAGAAAAAACCAAACGAGGAGGAUAUUCCGAUUUACACAAUUGAAGUCAUCUUUGCAGGUCUUUUCACUCAAAAUAUGAUUUAUGACGAUGAAAAAUCUCAAUUAGAGACUCAAAAAAUACUUGAUAAAUAUUUUUAAACGUUUAUAAAUUCAGAUCUUCCAGCUUGAUUAUCGUUUCUUAAAAAAAUUGUCCACACACUCGAACAUCUUACAUAUUUCUUGAUAUCUUUCUUUAUCUUCUCUCAACAUCAUGCAUCUAUAUAUUUUAUAUGUACAAUCUACUUUGUUAUAACUCUGUUUAGAUCGUCUGGAAUCUUUUUGAAUGUGCUUCUUGUAUGUUUCUAAUUACGUAUCGUGUGGUGUAAUGUAUAACGGUUUUUACAUUGUG